AAACGAACAGAAGGCAGAAAUGGCGCUGCUGGUGAGGGAUCCGUUGGCUUCUAGAACGGAAUUGGUGUCGCUGCCUGCUGAAGGAGGUUCAGUGCGGAGUUUGCUCCGCACCCGUUGCGAGGUGCAGGGCUUUCAAGAAGAACACUUCUAUGUCAAGUGUAAUGGCAGAUGUGUUGAUCCUGAGGAUGUGCUACAGGAUGGAGCUGUCUACAGUCUGGAACCCAAAUUGUGUGGUGGAAAGGGAGGUUUUGGAUCUAUGCUGCGAGCACUUGGUGCUCAGAUUGAAAAAACAACCAAUCGAGAAGCUUGUAGAGAUCUUAGUGGAAGGAGGCUUCGUGAUGUCAACCAUGAAAAAGCAAUGGCUGAAUGGGUGAAGCAGCAAGCAGAACGUGAAGCAGAAAAGGAACAAAGGCGUCUGGAAAGGCUGAAACGCAAACUUGCUGAGCCAAAGCAUUUUUUCACUAAUCCAGACUACCAGCAGCAGUGUCAUGAGAUGGCAGAGAGGCUGGAGGACUCUGUCCUUAAAGGAAUGCAGGCAUCUUCCAGCAAGGUGGUGUCACCUGAAAGCUGUGAAAGUGAAAAGUGUCCACAUGAGUCUGAGAAUGAGAUGCCAUUUGAGAAAAAAAGAUGUCUUUGGUUGGGAGUGGAAGGAUUGGAUGAUCCUGAUAGUUCUCCAGACAGCAGUGACAGUGAAGGUGAUGAAUCCCCUAAUUCAUCAAAAAGCUACAAGACCUCAACUAGCAGCUAUUGCAAAAUGGCUCCAAGCACAGGACAGAGGCCUGGUGGUUCAGAGGAUUCCAUAAGUUGCAAUUCAGUCUCCGACACUGCUGAGAAGUCAUACAAGGAAAUGGAGCCUGCUGAGAAAGAUUUGGUAGAAGAUUUUCCUACUGGUGAAACUGCAGCUGAUGAGAAUCAUGAAGCAGCCAAGACACUGAUGGACUUAGAGCAGGCAAACUCAAGCUGUCAGCAAGCUGUGAGCCAGUUACCAGACCCUGGAAAUGCAACAAUAAAUCUGCAGGAAUACAAGUCUGUGACUGAACUGGAAGCUCUUGGAUUAGAGAAGCUGAAGCUUGAACUGAUGGCUCGGGGACUAAAAUGUGGGGGCACAUUGCAGGAAAGAGCAGCAAGACUUUUCUCAGUGAGAGGGCUGCCUAGAAGUGAGAUUGACCCUGCCUUAUUUGCAAAGCCUUCCAAAGGAAAAAAGAAAUAAAUCUGUGCUGGACUUCAUUUGAUAUAGAGGUUUCAAGAUUUUUCAUACUGAUAUUUGUAUAAUGACCUCUCUGAAUGUUUUGGAAACGGCUGUCAUCUUACAUGAAGUGAGGACUAGUAAUCCUUCUCCCCACAUCUGUCUCAUCCUUGACUUUUCUGCCUGCACCCUUUUGCACUGGAAGACCAGGGUCAGAUGAUACUGACCAGGAAGAUAGUUCAAUUCUAGCACUGUGCUAAAAAGUAUUAAGUGGUGAAAUCUGAAAGAUGAUAUUGGGAGGAAAUAAACUCUUAUGGAUGAUAUUAGUCACCAAAGAGAAUGACUGCUAUGUGGAGAGAAGAUGCAGUGUAAUACCACACAUUUUCAAUAAAAGCAAAGCUGAAACUUU